UUGGCUGUAAACUUUCAGUCUUGAGCUGGAUUUUCUCCUCUGCCGUGACCGCUUCCGGCUCGUUAAAGGGAGACGGUCCAGGUUGCCCCCAGAUUGGGCUACAUUCAAACCAAUGACCAGGAGCUAGUGGGAGCGGUUGCCUCUUGUCAAUUUCACUCCUCCGUUCUUUCCCCUCGUUCGCUUAGUUUCUUUCUUUCCCAGCAAAUAGCAGCUCAGCCCAAGAGUAUUUUCAAUUGUUCUUGGACCUCUCAGGGUUACUUCUCUCCCCCCCCCCGGCGCCCCCUUGGCUAAGUGGCUAAGGCAGCCCCCUAGCCUGCAGGAGUACUGGCCAUGCAGAGCCCUUCCGCGCAACAGCCCUAGUGCUCGCCCGCCCUGGAGAGCCUGGCAGGGGCGGGCAGCUCCGCGCUAUGCCCAGCUGCCGGACGCUCCCCUGAGACGCUGGCAGGUAGCUUGGGCUGCCGCCUGGCCCCGGGCAAAGAUCAGCGCCCCGGAGGGCCCCGCUAUGCGGUCCCUGAACAUCACCCCCGAGCAGUUCGCCCGGCUGCUGCGGGAGAAUAACGUGACUCGGGAGCAGUUCAUCGCGCUCUACGGGCUGCAGCCGCUGGUCUACAUCCCGGAGCUGCCCGGCCGCACCAAGCUGGCCUUCGUGCUCGUCUGCGUGCUCAUCUUCGCCCUGGCGCUCUUUGGCAACUGCCUGGUGCUCUACGUGGUGACCCGCAGGAAAGCCAUGAGGACCGUCACCAACAUCUUCAUCUGCUCCCUGGCGCUUAGCGACCUGCUCAUCGCCUUCUUCUGCGUGCCCUUCACCAUGCUCCAGAACAUUUCCUCUAAUUGGCUGGGGGGUGCGUUUGCUUGCAAGAUGGUACCGUUUGUUCAAUCUGCUGCUAUUGUUGCUGAGAUUCUCACAAUGACCUGCAUUGCUGUGGAAAGGCAUCAGGGAAUUGUGCAUCCAUUAAAAAUGAAAUGGCAGUACACCAACAGAAGAGCUUUCACAAUGCUGGGAAUAGUCUGGUUGCUGGCAGUUAUUGUUGGGUCACCUAUGUGGCAUGUACAGCGACUGGAGAUUAAAUAUGACUUUCUGUAUGAAAAAGAGUUUGUUUGCUGCUUAGAAGAGUGGACCAGUGCUGUUCACCAAAAGAUAUAUACCACCUUCAUUCUUGUCAUACUAUUCCUUCUUCCACUGAUGCUGAUGCUUCUGUUGUACAGUAAGAUUGGUUAUGAACUCUGGAUUAAGAAACGAGUGGGAGAUGCUUCAGUUCUUCAAACCAUUCAUGGGAAUGAAAUGUCUAAGAUAUCAAGGAAGAAGAAGCGAGCAAUCGUUAUGAUGGUGAUGGUGGUGGUUUUAUUUGCAGUCUGCUGGGCCCCUUUCCAUGUAAUUCACAUGAUGAUAGAAUACAGUAAUUUUGAAAGUGAGUAUGAUGACGUCACAAUCAAGAUGAUCUUUGCUAUUGUUCAGAUCAUUGGGUUUUUCAAUUCCAUUUGUAACCCUAUGGUAUAUGCCUUUAUGAACGAGAACUUCAAGAAAAAUUUCCUCUCUGCAAUCUGCUUUUGUAUUGUCAAGGAAAACCCAUCCCCUUCGAGGCGACUUGGAAACUCAGGGAUUACCAUGAUGCAGCAAAAGGCACGUCUUUCUCUAGGAGAGCCCACUGCUUUAGAGGAGGCCAGGAGAGAAGCAUUCAGUGAUGGCAACAUUGAAGUCAAAUUCUGUGAUCAGCCAGCUGCAAAAAAGAAUACAAAAAGGCACCUUGCUUUGUUUGCCUCUGAACUCACUGUGCACCCUGCAUUAGAGAAUGGACACUAGCAUCAUGAACAGAAGAGAAUUGCUUCCUAUAUUUGAUAUAUUUCAACAAACCAUUUUGUUUUAUUUUCUACUUUGCACA